AUGGCUGCUUUCUCGAGUGCCCUACUGCGCAGCGGUAGCCUCCUCGAUGCCUCUAGACAUGCACUGGCAGCGUUCAAUCCACUACGAACGGCAUCCGUGAACAUUGCUCUGCCAGCAGCGGCCAUCAGCAUCCCGUCAUUACUUUCAGACAUCUGGGAAGGCAUCUUAAAAGCUGUACCAAAGAAGAAGACCUCGCAUAUGAAGCGGAGACACAGAUUACUGGCAGGCAAGGCGAUGAAAGAUGUCAAGAGUGUCGUCAGGUGUCCCGGCUGCGGCAAGCCCAAGAAAGCCCAUACAUUGUGUCCAUAUUGUGUUGCAGAAAUUAAACAGGCCUGGAACGACGAUAAGCGCGCUUCACAAACCGAUCUCAAAGAAGCUUGA